AUGAAGAAUUAAAGAUAUGAUUAAGUUCGUAAGUUUUAGAGUGAUCAAAUUUUGAUUGAUUUGUCUAUUUUGGAGAGUGACAUUGAAUCUCAUUUGAUUUAAUUUGAAUAGAUACGAAAGUGGGAAGAUAGGAUACUAAAAUAUGAGGACAAAAUAAGGUAAUGUCAAUUAGAUUUAUAAUAAACGAUAAACAAUUAGAGAAAUACUGUAGCUAAGCUAUUAUUUGGAUCAAAGGACAAAGAAAUAUUGAGAUUAUAGAAUUAGAUUGAAUAAUAUUCUAAAACAAUAUAGGAAUUGAAGGUAUUAAUAAAUAUAACAAUGGGGUAAGUUUGUCUAUUUGAAAUUCCUGAUUUUGUAAAGGAAAAGGAACAAAAUCUUUUUAAAUUAAUAAAACUCAUAGGAUAAUUGGAAAUGGAACAAGUUGGUAUAAUAGGUGAAUAUUGGCAGAACAUUCUGGAUUCUCGUUUAAUAUCUCAAAUUGAAUAGUAGCAAGUUUACGACUCAGUUAUUAUAACUGAUUAGAAAUAAUAGGAUUAAGGUUAAUAACAAAAGGUCGAAGAGAAGAGUGAGAAUUAAGAAAAUAAGGAAAAUAAGAGCAUGGUAAUAUCAUAAGAAUAGGAAUAAUAGAGUGAAUAAAAUUGAUAAUAUAUUAGUAAUGAAUUUGUGUAUCCUUAA